GUGACGAGGUAAUCUAUUGCGACGGAUUUCAUCAUAUUGACGAGCUCCUAGAAAGCAGAGCAGUGGCAUGUUCUGUACUUAGUCUAACGAGCGAAGCACUAUGGCCGAGCUGAAUUGGUUUUAUUUGAACGGCUAAGUAUCUCUUUACUCGACAAAAUGGUAGGUGUUCUUUUUUCUUGUUUUUACGACAUAAUUUAAUAUGCAAGGCCAUGUUUUACGGCUCAUCGCACUUGAGGAAAAUGAGAAAGCGAACAAGUUUUGUCUUUUUGUUAUCAAUUUCACAUGGUGUAUCGUUUGCGUGUGAGUUGCAUAAACUUCUAAGUGCUAUUUCCAGUUGUAAUGUGUGUUGUUCCAUAGUCUUCGUCUGUAUAUUUACCUCCACUUUUUUGUACUCUGGCGGAAAGCUUUUUAAUGAAUUCAGAGUUGUUAUUUUAAGUUUCGUGCUGGCGUGUUGUCGUCGACAUGAAGUUGAAGGUUUCCCUAAAUGCGUCAAUUUGAUUCCCGGCGUUAUAGCCUUUUGGUUCUUUUGCAGAUAAAACGAAUCUGAACUAAAAAUAAGGCAACCCAGACAAUGUGAAAGCAAGAAAAGUGUGGUUAUUUCCGGGAAAAAUGGCAGAGUUUCUUAGAAAUUUCAAAAUUUCAGUUUGCAUGUGGUCAAUUGAAACGUGUUUUUGAAGGCUAAUUAGAGUAGAAAGUCUGGCUUGAUGCUCUUGUUUCAGGUUGAAGUUGUUAAAUUCACGGAUUUUAUUUGAUACCUUAAUGAAAGCAUGAUGUCAAUGAAUUCGAGGAUCGACUGUGAAGCAGUCCUUUUUUAGGGUCGUCACACAACGCUCCUCCAGACCUCGCUCAAAACGGCUGCGAAGGACACUAACACACGAGUCCUUUUGUUGUUCUAUCCAAGAGAAUUUUAGGCCCGGUUCAGACGCCGAACUUUUCAUGAGCCGAACCUCAUUCGAAUUAAGGCCGACCCGAAUUAUUUAGACCUGCUAAAUUGAUUCAGACGCCGAUCUUAAUUCCAGCCGAACUAAAUUCAAAAGGAGAAAAAUGCUCAUUUCGGUUAAACUACUUACAAAAUACGUUAUAAUAAUUUAUGCAUUAGGUUCGGCACAUGAAAAGUUCGGCGUCUGAAUCAAAGCCGUUCCAAAGUCGCUCCAAAGGCAAAAUUCCCGGCCGGGCAAGGCGAAAAGAACGGCUGAGCCGUUCCAAAUUGAAACAGGCGUUCCUAUAAUUGAUUCAGAGGCCGAACUCUUCAUGUACUUAAUUCAAUGUAUUAGGUUCGGCUCAAGAAAAGGUCGGCGUCUGAACCGGGCCUUAGUUGCAGUUUUAGGCAGAUAUAGACGUGAUGUUUUCUGUGCAAAUCGAUUCCACGAAUAAUAACCAAACGACAAAGAUCUCAUCGAAUAUGAAUGGGACACCUAAGUCAACUUUGAACGUUGCAAUUUUGAGCCCUCUCAGAGCUCCUAUUCAAAUGCACAGACAUGAUUUCAAAACUUAAGUCGUGACCUUUAAAAAAAGAUGUGAUUGCACUCACAAGAUUUGAUUGUUUUGUCAAAAGAAUAUAUCGAUAAGGUGAAAUUUAAGCGAAACUUUUAUAGGUCCAUUUUCACAUUUUCCAGUCAACCGGUUUGUCUUGGGGUGUGAAAUAUCAUUUCAGUUCGACUGUCUUUAAACUGCUGUUCUUGUAAGGAUCUUGAGUUUGCGUUGACUGAAUAUAGUGCGUACAAUAGUAGGUCUAACAGCUUCUAACAAACAGCGUCUGGUUUUGCAGGGAGAAGAAGCAUCGUCAGUUUCAGGUUUGAAAAAUAUUAAAUCACUUACCAUACAGUUUAUAUGAAAUUUUGCCACAAUUAGACCUGUUUUACGUGCUCUCUCAUAUACAAAUUAGAAAACAGCAGUAGACUAUCUUUCAUGAUACUAUAUUUAGGCCUCUUUUCAUUCUUCUGAACCUCGGGAAACGGCCUAUAGCGGCAGUUUAAAUGUAUAGUUUUGAAGUGCAGAAGGCAGAAACUAACCUCAGCUGACAUAUCAGACACUUGUUAAUUCAAAUGGUAAUGCGAGGUCCAAUACUCUUUUUGUUAGAAAUGUUAAGGUACUUCUUAUUCUUUCAGAUGAUCGUGAAUAUCACAGAGUAUUUGCUGCGUUGGAUGAACUCGAUCAUAGCGAUUUGAGAGCUUUGUUCAAAGAAAAACACUUCAGGGUAAUAUUAACUACGCAUACUAUAGUGAAUAAUCGUUACUGAAUUUCUACCUUCACGAAUUCUUUCAACGUAAAAAAUAUACAUAUUGAAAGCGGAUUUCUCAGCGGCUUAAAGUUUCUGUGGGAUUCGCACCCUUUUAGAAUGUUACUCUGAAUGUACCUAAUCAUCUUUUGUGAUAUUUAUGAGUCUGAAAUCAAAUUACAAGGUUACUCUGAAUGUACCUAAUCAUCUUUUGUGAUAUUUAUGAGUCUGAAAUCAAAUUACAAGGUUACUUUAAUCCUUUAUUUCAGGAUAAGACUUUAUCUUUCAUGAAAUCGGAGGAAGAAUUAAAACUUAUUCUCAAAGAGGUAAGGUGUAUUUGUAAGUACAAUCAGACAAGAUUAAACAUAUAGAAGUCAUGAUUUCAUUUUGAAUGCUGUUGUUUUCGUUGUCCAGAAAAAGGAAAAAUUACAGAAAUUGCAAGGAAAAGUUGUCCAAUCAUGUAAUCAUCGAAAAAGAUCCACCUUCGGUUUCUUCUAAAAUAUUACUUCGGCGAAAAAGCCUUCAGUUUGGCAAAAAGGUCAAAUGUAUGAAUGGACUACUGUGUACCCUUAUCCUUAAAUCAACUAAAAACGAUCAAAAACGGAUACAAUGUUACAGAGACUUCUGCAAUUUUGAGCGGGUGUAAGCCAAGUUUAACUUAGAUCUCCUAGUUCUAGUCUCUGCUAAAUGCAUUCUUCGUACUGUUUACGUUCCAUACACCAAAUCAAAACGGAAUAUAACAUUUAAGCUGGUAGGAUUGUCCGUAAUUCCAUUAUUUGUUUCUUUUUUUAUUUGUAUUUUAUUUACUCCAUUUUAUAGAUAAUACAUCAGUUGUACAAAAAAUUAGUAGGUUGUUUAAACUACGAGUAGAAGCGCACAUUAUAGCAAAACUAAUUAUGGCCCUUUACCAAGAUUGGCUUUAUUAUAUUACACCUUUGUUAUUCAUCAAAACACAAAACACACACUCACACACACUGUAAGCAUAAUAUAGUGGUUUGACGUUAGUUACUAGAACCAAUGUAUAUAUACAGCCCAGUAUAGACGUACAUAAUCCUACAUAGCCCUACUUAGCCAUAUAUAGCCAUACAUAGUCGUGCAUAGCCCUACAUAACCCUGCAUGGCGAUACACAGCCAUACAAAGUCAUACAUAACCCUACAUAGCCAUACACAGUUCUACAUAGCCCUACACAGCCCUACAUAGCGAUACACAGCCAUACAUAGCCCUACAUAGCCAUACAAAGCCCUACUUAGCCAUACAUAGACAUACAUAGCCCUACAUAGCCAUACAUAGACAUACAUAGCCAUACAUAGCUAUACAUAGUCGAACAUAGCCCUACAUAACCCUACAUGGCCAUACACAGCCAUACAUAACCCUACAUAGCCAUACAUAGCCAUAAAUAGACAUACAUAGCCAUACAUAGCCAUACAUAGUCGAACAUAGCCCUACAUAACCCUACACAGCCAUACAUAGCCCUACAUAGCCCUACAUAACCAUACAUAGACAUACAUAGCCAUACAUAGCCCUACAUAGCCCUACAUAGCCAUACAUAGCCAUACAUAGCCCUACAGAGCCCUACAUAGACAUACAUAGCCCUACAUAGCCAUACACAGCCAUACACAGCCCUACAUAACCAUACAUAGACAUACAUAGCCAUACAUAGCCCUACAUAGACAUACAUAGCCAUACAUAGCCCUACAUAGCCAUACACAGCCCUAUAUAACCAUACAUAGCCAUACAUAGCCCUACAUAGCCGUACAUAACCAUACAUAGACAUACAUAGCCAUACAUAGACAUACAUAGCCAUACAUAGCCCUACAUAGCCCUACAUAGACAUACAUAGCCCUACAUAGCCCUACAUAGCCCUACAUAGCCAUACACAGCCCUAUAUAACCAUACAUAGCCAUACAUAGCCCUACAUAGCCAUACAUAGCCCUACAUAGCCCUACAUAGCCAUACAUAGCCCUACAUAGACAUACAUAGCCAUACAUAGCCAUACAUAGCCCUACAGAGCCCUACAUAGACAUACAUAGCCCUACAUAGCCAUACACAGCCAUACACAGCCCUACAUAACCAUACAUAGACAUACAUAGCCAUACAUAGCCCUACAUAGACAUACAUAGCCAUACAUAGCCCUACAUAGCCCUACAUAGCCAUACACAGCCCUAUAUAACCAUACAUAGCCAUACAUAGCCAUACAUAGCCCUACAUAACCAUACAUAGACAUACAUAGCCAUACAUAGACGUACAUAGCCAUACACAGCCCUACAUAGCCCUACAUAGCCAUACACAGCCCUACAUAACCAUACAUAGACAUACAUAGCCAUACAUACUCGAACAUAGCCCUACAUAACCCUACAUGGCCAUACACAGCCAUACAUAACCCUAAAUAGCCAUACGUAGCCCUACAUAGCCGUACAUAGACAUACAUAGCCAUACAUAGCCAUACACAGCCCUACAUAGCCAUACAUAGCCAUACACAGCCGUACAUAGCCCUACAUAGCCAUACUACCCAUUUAUUGGACUUGAUAGUUGAUUAUCAAUUGGCACAAUUAAUCAAAGAACCUACAAGAGUUAAUGCCAAAUCGCAAACUCUUAUUGAUGUACAAGGAGGAUAAUAUUUCUCAUUCGGUAGUAUACACACUUUCUAUUAGCGACCACAAUUUCAUUUAUGCAGUUAGAAAAAUUGGUUUACCCAGGGGAAAACCAAAGUUCCUUCAAUCGAGGAAUUUUAAACAUUUCAAUGAGGAAAAUUUCUUAACAGAUCUGAAAAAUGCCUUAUGGCCUGUUAUUAAAAGCGGUAUGGAAGUGAAUAGUGCGUGGAAUGCAUGGAAAGAUAUAUUUUUGAAUAUAGUUGAUAAGCAUGCUCCGACAAGAGUCAUGCGAGUCAGAAAUAAACCCGCUCCUUGGUUAAAUUCUCAGUUAAAAGAGGAAAUGUAUGAACGUGACUGGCUAAAGAAAAAAGCUUCAGAAACGCAGCGGCCAGAUGUUUGAAAGGCAUAUAAAACUAAAAAGGUAAUGGUUAACAAAAAAGUAAAAAAGACAAAGAAGGAUUAUCACAAACAUCAAAUAGAAGGAACCUCAGGUAACCUGAAAGCAACUUGGAAAAUUCUUAACGACCUAAAGGGUAAGAAAUCGGACAGCACACAGAUUAAUGAUUUAAAGACGGAAAAUUCUGGGCCUUUAUCUGAUCCCGAGAAAAUCGCUGAAUACUUGAAUAUUCACUUUACAAACGUUGCGCCGAAAUUUGCAUCUGAAAUCCCUACGGUGGAUUGUGAUGUAAAUCCAGCUGAUUCCCAACAGCGCGUUAAUUCUUCUUUUGAACUGAAGGAAAUCACGAUCUCUGACGUGUUUAAAAAACUGCAGGAAGUAAAUGUUGCAAAGGCGACUGGUCAUGAUAACAUCCCAAACAAGAUUUUAAAAAUAGCGGCUCCAGUUAUUUCUUUAUCGUUAGCUGACCUUUUCAACCUCUCGAUUACUACAAAUACUUUUCCAGAUGAUUGGAAAGUUGCAAAGGUCUUUCCGCUAUUUAAAUCAGGUGAACGAAAUGAUCCAAAUAACUUUAGACCGAUUUCUGUCUUACCAACUAUAGCAAGAGUUUUUGAAUGAUUAUUUUAUGAGCAGAUGUACGCCUAUUUUACGGAAAAUAACCUUAUUCAGCCUCGUCAAUCUGGGUUUAGAUCUCUUCAUUCAACUGUAACUGCGCUUCUAGAUAUGACAAAUCAGUGGUGUCUUAAUAUUGAUAAAGGUAUGGUCAGUGGUGUUAUUUUCCUUGAUCUUAAAGGGGCUAUGUCACCCCACACGCAUGCGCGAGCCAAUGAAAACAAACUUGAAAAAGUCGGCCCGACUUUUUCAAGUUGUGUUGGAGAUUUUGGAAGGCUGUUUUUAUCUGUCUAAAUCUCAGCCAUCGUUCGAUAGUUAGCGAAGUUUUGUAUUAAGAAUCGUUCCAUGGUGAUUACAGAAUAAUUUUUUGGGGUUAUUUUGAAUUUGUUUGCCUGUGGAAUGUUUUUACGUGGAUUUACUGUUUCCUCUUAUCAGCGGCCGUUGUAAUGGCAGAGUUAAUGACGGCUUCUCUACAAUGAGUGAUGGAAUCUUUGAUGGAAUCUUCCCUAUAGUUCACAGAACCUUUCUAUUGAGUUAUUUUAGAGGCUGCUGGCUCUUGGAUUUUUCUUGAGCUCAAAGUAUGUGGACAUAUAAUGAAGCGGCUAUCGAGUUGGCGGCGGCCGUUUUUUGUAAACAAUUACAAGAGCACCAGGCCAUGAGUUUCGUGACGAAACUAAACUCCUGCCGAAGAAAACAUUAUAAAAUUCGGCUAGAUUCCUUCUUGUAUUUAUCUGGAUUCACGGCAAAGUUUGCUCGUCCAGAUUGUUCUUAACGGACUUAGAGAGGCAGCUUAGUACGAGUUAGAUGCUGUAAAUGCCAUGGUUUUGAACUGUUUGUGUUCGAGCAUAUUUUUGGAAAAUAGGAGAGUUUACUUUCCCUUUUUAUCAACGGACUGCUUAUAGUGGAGUAGUAUACCAGUGAUGCUUGGUUCUGUGUUUCUCGCCGCCGCAGUGAUUCGGCACGAUCGAACAAUUUUGCGCGAUAAUGUAUGUUUGACUGGAUGUCUCUUGUUCUAUCAGCAUCUAAAUUAUAAAAUCACUAGCGACAGAUAAGUCUAAUUGUUAAUGAUUUAAAACAGUCUUGGUCUUUAUCUUCGGUCACCAAGAUAAUUAACAGCUCGUUAAUUAUGAUCACCAACAUAAUUAACAGCUCGUUGGAGUCGGGAAUUUUUCCUGACUGCUGGAAAGAGGCCGUGGUCACACCUCUGUUAAAGAAACCGGGACUUGAAUCUCUCUUCAAGAACUUGCGUCCUGUAAGCAACUUGGCUUAUAUUUCCAAGCUCACUGAGCGAACAGCAUUUAAUCAGAUAUAUGACCACCUUGUCCGGUCCGGUCUCUAUCCGCAAUUACAAUCUGCAUAUCGCCGAUAAGUAGUAUAGGAGGGACCGGUUAGGCCUCUUUUUUGAGCAGGAAUCUCAUAAGCGUGAGCAGGAAUACAUUAACGCCGAUGACGUCAUAGGCUAUUGUCCUCAUCUCAUGAAUAAAAUGCGGUGGAUUUAAUUAAGUAUACUGGUUUGACCGAUUUGUCAGGUUCUAUUUUUAGCCUGGUUGAUAUAACUGGUUUAUUUUUGUUUUAUGACAUAACUGAUUGUCUUGAACUCAUGAAUAACAUGCGGUGGAAUAAAUUAGCGUCGAUGUCGUAAUACUCUAUUGUCUUGUACUCAUGAAUGAAAUGAAGGGGGAAUAAAUUAGUAUCUAUGUCGUAAUAACCUAUUGAAAACUCGGAUAUAUAUAAACAAGACAUACACAAAGGGGAGCUGAAAACGCUUUAUUUCAAGUUUGACUGACUAUUACAGAACUGUUUUCUCCUUUCUAUUUCGAGGAAAUGAAAAACUAUUGAAGUGUCAACGUUUCACGCGUCGUUAGUCAGUUAAUUAUGCGAGUUCACAAGCCCAAACUUGAAUACAAAUUAGUUCAUCUCUACAGCUAGACCCAAGGGAGCAUAUUGACGAAUUAUUAUAAAACAAAUCAAUUAAAACACGCGACUCAUAAUUGCUAGCAAUAAAAACAGAAGAGAGAUACCGUUUUAAAAAAACUUUAUUAAAAACAAAAAUAGUCAAAUACACAGGAAUGGAAAUUAAUUAAUCUUCAUCUUCGCCCAUGGAGUACUUGUAAGGUUUGAAUUUCUUAUGCCGACGUUUCUUCAGCUGUUUGCCAUGAGAUUUAUGAUCAUCCAAAUAAUUUAGAAAUUGAAUCCGACGCCUCUUGCGCUUCGGGCCUUGUGGUGAUGGGGUUUCUACUGUUGGAGGAGGGGUCAGGAAAGCAGGAUUUAAGGGUGGUGGAGGGGUGAGGCGUUCUUUGUCAGGUUUUUGAGAGAUAGCCGCUUGUGUUAAUUCAGGUGUUACAUUAAAGGGGUUGAGGGGAGUCGAGAAUGCUGUCGUUGCUGUCGAAGAACCUUGUGUCCUUGAUGUUAAGUCUGAAACAGUGCUGGUUAUUUCUUCCGGUCGUGUUCUUGUACUUAAUUGUUCUUUAAAAGCCAGGUAUCUGUUUUGCAACUAAAGGUAUCGUUUAGCUUUUUCAUCGUCCCGAAGAUCGUUUCGAGAAAGCACGUUAUCCAUGUUGUCUUGUAUUUCUUGCAUAGCUGGAAGAAGUGGGACAGGCGAAAGAGUUUGCUGCUUCAGAUAUUUUAGAAGCUCUUGAGGAAUAUUUUCUUGAAACCCUGCUUGGUUAAAGCCUUCUUCACUGGGCAGGACGUUUGUUCGCGACCGACAAUUAUCUUGGGUAGUAGUUUUCAGAUCAAUCAGAAGAUAACCAAAAGGUCUUUUUACAGCCUCUUCGUACUGAUUUAAAAAGAAGUCAGUCUGCCCGGGAUACAUUUGCUUCGCCAGAGUCAGGAUUUGCAAUUUGUCUCGUGGAUUCUUGAAUAACACCACCUUUCCCCUGAUGAAAUAGAUUCUGCACGAUAUAAAUCACGCUCAGAUUGCGAUGAUGAGAACCACGAGUAAAAAGGUUCACAAUCCGCUUGUCUUUACUGGCGUCAAUCAUCUGAUCAUCAAACACGAUCAGAUUCCGUUUGUUCACAUCAAAAUAGGAAUCCUGCUCCAAAGCCGUAGGAAUUCCCUUGACGAAUUCAAUGUUUGGCAUGGCGACUAACAUUUGUGUAUACGCAGGCUGCCAUUGUGAAUAACACCAAACGAUCCUUUCCGGGGGAGGGUAAAUGGUCUCUGAAGCUUGUUGCAAUAGAGAUCGCACCCAGGCCGUUUUUCCUGAGCCGGUCAUUCCGGCAAUCAUGGAGGUAAAAGGAUGCUCGAAGCGAAACCGCUGACAUUUUUGUGAAAACGGAACUGUUUGAAAUGGUGUGAGACCAACAUUGUGGUGUUUAGACAUCACGUGCCUUUGCAUGCUAUCCUUUCUACUAAAUGAUUUUUCGCAGACAGAACAGAACCAACUCAUGUCAACUCCUCAGGAGCAGAAUGUAGACUGAGAAAGAGGUAGAAUGUUGCGCAUUGAUAUAGUUUCGAAGGCUAUAAAAUUCAAUAGUUUUCCUCCACCACCACCACCACCGCCACCACAUUUCUAUUGUUUUCCCUCCACCACCACCACAUUUCUAUUGUUUUCCCUCCACCACCGCCACCACAUUUCUAUUGUUUUUCCUCCACCACCACCACCGCCACCACAUUUCUAUUGUUUUCCCUCCACCACCACCACCACCACCACCACAUUUCUAUUGUCUUCCUCCAUCACCACCACCAUCACAUUUCCAUUGUUUUACUCCACGACAGUCAAUAAAAGACUGCAAACUGCUAUUAUAAGUUCAGUUCGUCGCAAUGUCUCAAGUUGUCAAUAACAAUAGUGGUUUUCUUCAAUUCUUAGCUGUUUGUCCAGCUCAUCAGCGACAGUUUCUUUUACGGACAGCCAGUCCUCAACAACUACAUGCAUUAGUCCAAGUCUUAUACAAUAUACUUAAGGAAUACAUUCUUAUCCCCAAAGAAAAUAAGCGGAACGUGUUGCCAUAUAAGGAUGCUCUAGUAAACCUAGCAGAAACAAAUGUCCCUUACAAAACAAAGAAGCGAAUCCUUGUACAAGAGGGUGAUGGUUUUAUUCAAGACCUAUUGGUACCUGCUGUUACAAGUCUAGGAUUUUUGAUGCUAUAAGAGAGGAAACGAAACUAUAAGUUACUCAUUUGAAGCUACGGUCUGUCACGGGUACUCGUCAAAAUGAAGAGAAAGAUAGAUUUGGUUG